AUGACUCGGAAAAGGUUGCGGUGUGUAGCUGUGCGGGGAUUCCUGGCGUGGGAAGUGGCGCUUUUAGUGAGUCUGGUGGCCACAAAGGACCCUGAAAGUCCUCGGGGGAGAGCCGUACCCAUGUCUCCCUCAGACUUUCUGGAUAAGCUCAUGGGAAGGACCUCGGGCUACGACGCCAGAAUUAGACCCAACUUCAAAGGUCCACCUGUGAAUGUAUCCUGUAACAUAUUCAUCAACAGUUUUGGCUCCAUCGCUGAGACGACUAUGGAUUACAGAGUGAACAUCUUCCUGCGUCAGCAGUGGAACGAUCCACGCCUAGCCUACAGCGAGUACCCAGACGACUCUCUUGACCUCGACCCCUCCAUGUUAGACUCCAUCUGGAAACCGGAUCUGUUCUUUGCCAAUGAAAAAGGUGCACACUUUCACGAUGUCACCACUGACAACAAGCUGCUGAGGAUAUUCAAGAAUGGCAAUGUCCUUUAUUCUAUAAGACUGACCCUGACACUUUCGUGUCCAAUGGAUCUGAAGAAUUUCCCCAUGGAUGUACAGACAUGCAUCAUGCAGCUGGAGAGCUUCGGCUACACGAUGAAUGACCUGAUCUUUGAGUGGCAGGAGAACGGACCCGUGCAGGUGGCUGAAGGACUCACGCUUCCUCAGUUCAUUCUAAAGGACGAGUCUGAUCUCAGAUACUGCACCAAGCAUUACAAUACAGGAAAGUUCACAUGUAUUGAGGUGCGUUUCCACCUGGAGAGGCAGAUGGGUUAUUACCUGAUACAAAUGUACAUCCCCAGUCUGCUCAUCGUCAUCCUCUCCUGGGUGUCCUUCUGGAUCAACAUGGAUGCUGCUCCUGCUCGUGUGGCUCUAGGCAUCACCACAGUGCUCACCAUGACCACACAGAGCUCGGGCUCCAGAACCUCUCUGCCUAAGGUCUCCUAUGUGAAGGCCAUAGAUAUCUGGAUGGCUGUGUGUUUGCUCUUCGUGUUCUCGGCUCUUCUGGAGUACGCGGCAGUGAACUUCGUCUCAAGGCAGCACAAGGAGCUGCUGCGGUUCCAUCGGAGGAGAAUGAAGUUGAGAAAGGAGGAGGAGGUGCGUGAAAGCCGUCACAGCUACGCCCCUAAUGCGGGGAAAGACGUCCCGAUCGCCAAAUCCACCAAUAACGCGGGCUCUAACUUGCUCCAGGCCCAGACGAGUGCUAACAUCGCUAACAAGAGUCCAGAGGAAAUGAGGAAGAUCUUCAUCGACCGUGCCAAGAAGAUUGACACCAUAUCACGUGCUGGGUUUCCCCUGGCCUUUCUCUUCUUCAACAUCUUCUACUGGGUCCUGUAUAAAAUCCUACGGCACGACUCCCACAAGCCCUAAACAUGGAGCCUGACCAGGUGGGCGGAGCUUCA